AUAAUUUCGUGAAUGCUUGCUUCUCUUAAUCUUUCGUUUCUACAAAUUGUGACUUGGGCGUUUUGUUUAAAUUUUGUUUCGGUUUUAAUUUAUUUUGCUUUUAGUGCGAUGAAGUCAAACUCAGAAUCGGAAGCUCCGGAAAAAUUGGACAAUGAAACUAAAUUAUCAGGCAACUGCACUAAAUUAUUAUCGCUAAAAACGAUACCAUUGGGAACCGUUAUGCUUUUCUUGGCGGCAACAGUAGGCACUGGAGUUCUUAUUGAGCUAUUACCGCACUACGCCAAAAUAAUAAGCGAAAGAAAUUCAUUCAAUUUCACAACGCAUAAGUCGCCUUAUGAGCGCUUCUACUCAAUUUAUAGCACUAGUCCCACGGAAGAGCACUUAGUUCACGUAGUUGAUAUCUUGAACCGUUUCGGUUAUAAGAGAGUUGAGUUAAACGAGAAUUGGGACUUGCUGUGGGCUCAUGACUAUCCGUUUCGCGUAUUUCCGCAUCUGAAGAAUCUUGAGGCGCAUCAAUUCGUCAAUCAUUUACCUGGCUGUGGUUACCUAACAAAUAAAGUUGACUUAUGUACUACGAAAUUACCUUUUUUGCCACGUGCGUUUCGCCUCCCAAGCCAGAGGGACGCAUUUUUGGAGUACGCAUCGGCGCAUCCGGAGGCACUGUUUGUCCAGAAGCACAACGAGCAUCGUCACAUUAAAGUUCGGUCAAUUAGUGACAUCGACUUGAACUCGAAUGAUUCGUUUGUCCAGGAGUUCAUUGAGAAACCAUUUUUAGUCGACGGUCAUAAAUUUGAUAUCGGUGUCUAUGUUGUGAUUACAUCUGUAAACCCAUUACGAGUUUACAUAUACCACGGCGAUGUUCUGUUCCGUUACUGUCCCGAAAAAUACUACCCAUUCGAUGCUGAAAUCGAGGACAAAUACGUUGUAGGGGACAACUAUUUACCUACCUGGGAAGUUCCGUCAUUACGCAAAUAUUAUAAUAGCUACGGUGGCAGUAUGCGUGCCUCUUUUGAAGCGUAUGUGCGUGACCAAGCAAUGGACCCAUCCAAAAUAUGGCCACAAGUCGAAAACAUCAUUCGUACAACUAUUUUAAGUAAAGAAGAAGAUUUAAUUGAUUCACUUCGUAGAUAUAAGAGGCACAAUUUUUUCGAUUUGUUGCGUUUUGAUCUAUUCAUUGACGAGAACCUUAAAGUAUACCUCAUGGAAGCCAAUAUGUCACCAAACCUUUCCUCUGCCCACUUCAAGCAAAACACACUAUUGUACGAACAAGUGCUUUAUAGCGUAUUCAAUCUGGUGGGAAUUCGUCCAGUGAACCAAAUAGGAGAUAAUCGAAAUGCGGUCUCUGAAAUUAUAGCGGCCGAUAAAAAUUUAGCGACUGGCUUAAACAAAUGUGCAUAUAAUGACUGCGAUAAAUCAUGCAAUAAAGAAGAAUGCAACCUAUGUCUACCCUGUAUAAGUGGAACAGAGUAUGAAUGGCUUCAGCGAGCGCAUGAUGAACACUUGCAUCGAGUUGACAUGAAGCGUAUUUUUCCCAAGCCAAUAAAUGACAUUCAAACAUUUGAUAUUGAUGCGGAAGCUAGAAAUUUGUCAAACAAAAACGCUUGGAUAACACGCUGGUUUUUUAACAAAUGUAUAUAUGACCGGACGUGGUGUAUGUAAAUAGAUGUACGUGAUUAGUAAGUUGCAUAAUAUUAGACAAAGGCAAGCGCCAUAAUAUUAAGACGGAAGGUCUGAAAUAUUUUAGAAAUGUAUCGAGCAAAAAUAGUUGACUUAUAUUAUUUGUUGUGCAAUUUGAAAAAAUUACAACUUACGAUUCGAUUUAAUUGCUUUUCAGGUCUUUAAGGCCAAUUACGCUAGCUUAAAAAUGUUAUCAAACCAUGAUUUAAAAAACAUUAAUUGAAUGUAACACUAGGCCGAGUCGGCCAUUAGCAUUGAGAGGUAACAAUACCAUAUCAGGGUACAGAACCAAUUAUUAAUUCUUAUUCUUAAAUUUAUUAUUUGUCUUAUGAAACAAGCUUAAACUCCCUAAAUUAUUAAAAUAAUGAGGUAUUGGCUAUUAUCGAAAA